AUGGUUCUUGAAGCCUCGAAGAUAACACUCAAAAAAGCUGAUGGCACAAUGGUGCGGCCGUAUAUUCCUGAAACGAUUGAGAAGAAUUUCGAUUUAGCAUUCCUCACGAUUCCACUUCCCUCCGAUAUGAAAAUAGAAAAAGAUGAAGUGUGGACGUUGGAGAUCAACUAUACCGGUUUCAUAUUCGGUCAUCCAAGCAAAGGUGUUUACACGAACACAAACUUCUACGAAUUCAACGGCAAGAUGGCGUACGUUCUGUGUUAUUUCCUCGGGAAUACAUCAUCGUUGCGUGUCGUUCGUGAAUUUUAUACCGCAAGAAGCACUGAUUAG